AUGGCUCGUGGCCAUAUUUGUCUUCCUCCUUCCCCUGAUUUUUCUUCUGGUUCAUCUUCUACAAUGGAAGAUGCUUCCAGCCCCUAUUUCCUCCAGAGCAGUGAUCAUCCUGGACUAAUUUUGGUAACUCACUCACUUGAUGGUACCAAUUAUAGUUCAUGGAGUAGAGCUAUGCUCCUUGCUCUCACUGCUAAGAACAAAUCGGUCUUCAUUGAUGGAUCUAUUCCUCAUCCCCCUGAUGUUGACUUGCUUUUUCCCGCAUGGAACUGCUUGGUCUACUUCUCCAAUGCUUUUGACGUCUGGAUUGACUUACGCACUCGAUUCCAACAAGCAAAUGGCCGUCGAAUUUUUCAAUUGAAGCACGAAAUCCCCUUCCUACACCAUGUGAAUGCUUAUUACACCAAAUUGAAGACUCUCUGUGAAGAACUUGAACUUCAGAGUCACAUUCUCAUCUCGUCAUGUACUUGCGGAGGUUUGCGACAUCUCUCGGUCUCUCGGCAGCAGCAUGAUGCUCUCCAAUUUCUUAUGAGCCUCAACGAUUCCUUUUCUUCAGUGCGCACCCAGAUCUUGUUAAUGGAUCCUCUUCUCUCGCUUGCUCGAGUUUUCUCCCUGGUUCUUCAAGAAGAACGACAACGCCAAAUUUCCAUCUCCAUUCCUGCCACUCUUGAUACAUCAUUACUGAAUUCAGUAAACACUACACAUAAUUCCCAUUUUCCCUCUGAUUCCACCUCUCCGGUGGUUGCAGCCACCACCACUCCUCGUCACCUUGUCCAUUUUGCACCUAUUGUCAUGCUCAGGGUCAUGUGA